UUAAUUUCAAAGAUGGCGGCGGAGGGAGGAGGGAAGGAGAUGAACGAAAUUAAAACUCAGUUCACCACUCGGGAAGGUGUCUACAAACUCCUCACUCACUCCGAAUACAGCCGUCCUAACAGGGUGCCUUUCAACUCGCAAGGCUCCAACCCCGUCAAGGUCUCCUUCGUGAACGUCAACGACCAGUCAGGCAACGGCGACAGGAUCUGUUUCAAUGUGGGCCGUGAGCUCUACUUCUACAUCUACAAAGGCGUUAGAAAGGCUGCGGACCUGAGCAAGCCCAUAGACAAGCGCAUUUACAAGGGAACGCAGCCCACGUGUCAUGACUUCAACCACCUCACAGCUACAGCAGAAAGCGUGUCCUUGCUGGUGGGUUUCUCAGCAGGACAGGUACAGCUCAUUGACCCCAUCAAGAAGGAGACAAGCAAGCUCUUUAAUGAGGAGAGAUUAAUAGACAAGUCCAGAGUAACAUGUGUGAAAUGGGUGCCAGGCUCUGAGAGCCUGUUUCUGGUCUCUCAUGCCAGUGGGAAUAUGUACCUGUACAAUGUGGAGCAUACCUGCGGCACCACAGCGCCACACUACCAGCUGCUCAAACAGGGAGAGAACUACUCUGUACACACUUGCAAGAGUAAAUCCACGCGGAACCCUCUCCUGAAAUGGACAGUGGGGGAGGGUGCUUUGAAUGAAUUUGCCUUCUCUCCAGAUGGGAAGUUCCUUGCCUGUGUAAGCCAAGACGGCUUCCUACGGGUGUUCAACUUUGAUGCUGUUGAGCUCCACGGCACCAUGAAGAGCUAUUUUGGUGGCCUGUUGUGUGUCUGCUGGAGCCCUGAUGGAAAGUACAUAGUUGCAGGAGGAGAGGACGAUCUAGUGACUGUGUGGUCGUUCUUGGAUUGCAGAGUCAUUGCCCGAGGUCACGGCCACAAGUCAUGGGUGAGUGUGGUGGCAUUUGACCAUUACACCACCAGUGUGGAGGAGAGUGACCCAAUGGAGUUUAGUGGCAGCGAUGAGGACUUCCAGGAUCAGAUGAUCCACUUUGGACGAGAUCGUGCCAAUAGUACACAGUCUCGACUUUCCAAGCGCAACUCCACGGACAGCCGGCCUGUUAGUGUCACAUACCGGUUUGGCUCAGUGGGUCAGGACACUCAGCUGUGCCUAUGGGACCUCACUGAGGACAUCCUUUUCCCCCAUCUUCCGCUUUCACGGACACGAACACAUACUAAUGUGAUGAAUGCUACCAGCCCUCCUGCGGGUGCUACAAUAAUCACUCACACCUCUAGUAACACUACUAAUGGAAACAACAGUGGUGCCAAUACUCCUGGCAUUAACUCCCUCUCUUCUACAUUACCACGCUCCAACAGCCUACCCCAUUCAGCCGGCACCACAACAGCAACAGUAAACAAUACCAACAAGGCCGGCAGCGGUGGUGGAAUCGGCAGUGGUAUUAUGGACAGUGCCAUCGCUACAGGUGUGAGCAAGUUUGCCACACUGUCACUCCAUGAUCGGAAGGAGCGCCACCACGAGAAGGACCACAAACGCAACCACAGCAUGGGUCACAUCAGCAGUAAGAGCAGCGACAAGCUCAACCUGCUGACUAAAACCAAAACAGACCCUGCUAAGACUCUGGGCACCCUGCUGUGUCCGCGCAUGGAGGAUGUGCCCCUCCUUGAGCCCCUCAUCUGUAAAAAAAUAGCACACGAGAGACUGACUGUACUCAUAUUUUUAGAGGACUGUUUAGUGACUGCUUGUCAGGAGGGAUUUAUUUGCACAUGGGCGAGGCCAGGCAAAGUGCAAAGUCCAAUGGUCAAACCAAGCAGGUGAUGUUAGCAGCUUCUCUUUUAUAGCCUCCACCGACUGUUUCUUUCUCCGGUUACAAUGACCAGCGUCUCCAAUGGUAGAUUAUAUCAGCUGUAUCAAAUUAUUGUUAAUUCUGUAACAGCUCCAAUGAAACUUUGCUGGUUCAUGUGCUCUCUCCAAGCCCGUCUGUACUCUGCCAAAGACUGUUUGAGCGAAAAGACAUCAUCACAUACCUUUACAACCACCGCUGAUCUGUGUUUCUGCUGUUCAACAGAGUGGACACUUUAUCAAAUCAACACUUGAAACUCAUUAUCUGGUGUUAUCUUGUUGCAGCUGUUAUUUAAGUGCGUCAAACAAUCCAUAAUAAACAUUUCUGAUCUCAUUUUCAGGUUGGAGAGAACAAUCUAAACUGAAUUCACAACUUGAGUUACUUGCAAAUGAUCACAGCUAAACUUAAUUAAAAUUAACAAGGGAGUUGAUUGGAUUUGAUAAAAUGCUAUUGAACCCCAACCCUAUUCACAUUUCAGCUUUUACACAAAUGGCUCUGCAUUUCCCCAAAUAAUCUUUGCAGUUCCUCACAUGCUAACAGCUUAAUAUGUAUACUCAUCUACUUCCCUUUUGUUUGUGGUUUGAGAGUUUUUUUUGCCAGAACAGGGCACAUGAUGGUCUGAAUCUGGAACAUCACUAGAAGUCUGACUUUUAGUCAGUACAGUCAGAUACUUAUUUCAAACCAGUCAGACAUUCACAGGGGAAACGCCCUUAAAUUUUCAUCCAAAUUGGAUACUUAACUUGAGGCUGUAGAAAAAGUUGUACACAUAAUUAAUUUUAACCAAUCAAUAGAAAAGUUAGCAAUUUAGUUUGUCCUCAAGUGCACUUGAAGGUCAGAUCCAGAGGUAAAAAAAAGAACCUUUUUGAUAAACUAGUUAAUGGGCCGAUCAUGUAUGCAAGAAGUGCCUUGAUCAAGAAAACCUCUCAAAGACACUGUUAGUCUCAAACUGUAUACUUCGCAUCUACUUUGACUGCUGUGCACAGGCUUUUGAUUUAAUGCUGGGGACUGGGAUAAGGAAAGAUGAGACACAUUUUUAAUGAGCUAUUUGUUGCUUGAUUUUGCUAUAGUAUGUGGACUUUCCCAAUGCAAAUCUCCUUGUUUUCCUUUUUCCAGGGUUUAUUGUCAUCCCAAAACCAAGCCAGCUCUCCCAGUGGAACAGUAGUAUAGCCACAAUAUUUCUGCUGCUAAAGAACCCUGCAACCCAGAGUCUGAUGCUGCUCUUCACCCUGCAAGCAUUGCAAGUUUUCCUUUUCUUUAUACCCCCUCCCUCUCCCAGUUUUGUUAAUGGCUUUUCUGUUGUUUUUUGUUUAUCACUCACUUGACCUAGAGGAGGAAUGGAACAGGAAAAGGUGUGGUGCAAUCGUGGACUAUUGCGCUAAAAUACUAUUGUUCUCUGAAGUUUUAACACAUUUUAGGUUUUUAAAAAAUCUUUUUUUUUUUUUUUUUGUUCCAUGUCGGAUCUCAUCAGACUGUUGUCCUCUCUGGAAUUAAGGCUUGGCUUUGUUAGAUGCAAACCAGACUAUUGUGGCUUGAGAUUAAAGGGAUAGUUCAUUUAAUUUUCAUAAUCUCUUUACCCCUUUUUUAAGAUUUUGUCAUGUAACCCAGUGUAGGCUCAGGGUUACUUACUGAAAUAUGAAGUUUGAAAGAACUAUCCUUUUAUGACCAAGUGCGUGAGCAUCUGAAAAUAUUGCAUCCAUCGUCACUCACCCACCACUUCUGUCUUUUCUUGAGUAGAAUCUCCCCAUUGACGACUUUGCACUGAAUUUGUUAGCUAUGUUGUUGUUUGUUUUUAUAACUACUCUAAUGGAACAAAAAAAAGAGGGUUGAGGACUGCCUUGUUGCACUCGGCUUUAACAUCCUCAGUCUUGAAAUCUGAAUCUAUAAAGCUGGAUGCUGCAAUCAUAGUCUUUUUAAAGAAAAAAAAAAGGUUUGCACUUAAAUUAGUUUAUUAGAAGAAAAUGGCUUUACAUUUUUGGGUGUGCUCAGAACUCACAGAUGGCUAAUACAGUAGGUGAAGAAAAUGAUAAAAACUAUUAAAACCUUUAUCUAUUGAGCAUUUAUUUUAAUAUUAUUUCAGAUUCAAAUCUGCUCUGUAUCAUAAUGUGUAUAUUGUAAUUAAUUGAUUUGAUGGGGGCCUAAGCAAACUACCAUUACUCCAGUGGAAGUUUUGUCAUUGAUAGUUAUAUUUCUAAAGCCUAAAGUAUACAUAUUAAUAAUAUUAAAAUAAUCUUGAAUA